AGUGCACCAGGACAGGUAUAGCAAAGUUCAUGUUAGUUUGCCGCGCCGAAGCUUGCGCAGCUUUAUAAAUGCAACAGCGUCGGCGUAUGCACAGGAGGCAUGUUAGUUUGUAGACGUCAGAGCCACAGGCACAAACACUUCGUUCUGGUGCACAGCGUGUACACAUGGCGGCUCCGGCUGACCAAGCUAGCAGCAAGCACUUCGUUCUGGUGCACGGUGUAUGCGUCGGCGGCUGGGCCUGGUUCAAGGUGGCCACGCGGCUCAGGGACGCCGGGCACCGCGUGAGCACGCCUGACCUCGCGGCGUCGGGUGUGGACCCCAGGCCGCUGCGCGAGGUGCCGACGUUCCGCGACUACAGCAAGCCGCUGCUGGACCUCCUGUUGUCCGUCCCGCCCGGGGAGAAGGUGGUGCUCGUCGGCCACAGCUUUGGUGGCGUGAGCAUCGCCCUCGCCUGCGAGCUGUUCCCGGAGAAGGUCGCCGCUGCGGUGUUCGUCUCCGCCUUCAUGCCGGAUCACAGGUCGCCGCCGUCGUACGUGCUUGAAAAGUACAAGAAGCGGAGAAUGGACUGGAUGGACAUGGAGUUUAAGCCUCAAGAUCCUGAGGGCAAGCUGCCUAUUUCCAUCCGGUUCGGGCCGCUGGUCACCCGAGCAAAGUUCUACCAGCUGUGCUCGCCGGAGGACCUGACGCUGGGAAGAUCCCUGAUGAGGGUCGGCUCGAUGUUCGUGGACGACCUGAAACUGCAGCCACCGUACACGGAGGCUCGCUACGGGUCUGUGCGCAAGGUGUUCAUCGUCCUCAAGGACGACAACGCCAUCUUCGAGGGGUUCCAGCGGUGGAUGGUGCAGAACUACCCCGUGGACGAGGUCAGGGAAAUCCACGGCGCGGACCACAUGGCGUUGCUCUCGACGCCGGACGAGCUGGCGCGCUGCCUCGCCGACGUCGCUGUCAAGUAUGCUGCCUGACGCACGCUGUUUUUUUUUUUUGCGAGUGAAAUAAUGAGGCAGUUCAUACGAUCAAUCGUAGCUAGCUCCAUAGCAUCCGAAGGACCCGAACCAAUCCAAGUUAUGGUUCUGCCUCCUACACGAGCAAAUUUGGCUAUGCUAUCACUAACUUUAUUUUGGCUACGAUCAACAUGAGUAAUACAAGAAUCGCGAAAAGACAUAAGGUGUCUAAUCUCCAUAAUAAGCGACGAGUAGACCGAUCUAUCAAUCUCUUUGGCCUGGAUCAACUUGAAAGCAACUAUUGAAUCCAUUUCUAUCUCCACUGGAAGGUGAACGCGAGUCCUUCCAUACAAGCACUCAGCUCCGCUUCGAGAGAAUCUCGACAUGAAAAUAGUUGCCUGCAUGAAAUAUGAUCGCACCUUUGUCAUCUCGAAGUACCAUACCAGAACUGCUUGGUGGUCUAUCUCUUUACCUUUGAUGAUACUACGAUCUCGUUGCCGGCAUUAAUUUGUGA